AUGGAUUUGGGUUCAAUUCCAUCAAUAAGAAAAAUGAUAAACAAUCAUACAUGGUUGCAGAAUGCAAGUAAAGCUCCCAAUGUUAAUCUAGGUGAAACCGUACGAGCAAGACUUCAGCAAUUCUCUGGGAUGAACAAACUUAAAAAGAAAGCUCUACGGGUUGUGGCUGAAUACCUCUCUGUCGAGGAAGUUGCAGACAUAAAGGAAAUGUUUGACAAGAUGGACAUUAAUCAAGAUGGGAAACUAUGCUUUGAGGAGCUGAAACUCGGUUUGCAUAAGCUCGGUCACCAGAUUUCAGAUUCAGACAUUCAGAUAUUAAUGGAAGCAGCUGAUGUCAAUGGAAGCGGUACCUUAGAAUACGGAGAAUUUGUUGCUGUCUCAAUCCACUUGCGCAAGAUUGGAAACGAUGAACACCUGCACAGAGCCUUCUCAUACUUCGAUCUGAACAAGAGUGGAUACAUAGAAAUUGAAGAACUCAGUGAUUCCUUAGCUGACGACUUGGGUCCAAACCGAGAAGAAGUUAUUAAUGCAAUCAUCCAUGAUGUCGACACAGAUAAGGUCAGAAAUUUAAGUCUUCUGUCCAUGAACCAUUCAUCUGCUUUAUACUUUUGUCUGCGGACAUCAAUAGUUUACGAAAAUAUGGCUGCAUUUGCAAUUAUAACAACAUCAGCUGACAAUGGACGUCUUUCAUCACAGGAUGGUUAA